AUGGCCCCUGCACUAAGGAUGACACGCUCAAUCAAAGAGAAGCUACCAUUUUUUUUGCUGGGGGGCGGGUGUUCGAGUCCGGGUUGGAGACUUUGGGCGGGUUUUUUUGGCUUUGUGUGUUUGGAGGUUGGGGCGGGCGUCCACGCUGCUAAACCCAGGCGCGUUAUUUCAGCAAAGGUGCAAAAACAAUUACACUUAAAGGUAAUACUAAUACGAUUCAAGUCUCUGGUAUUCAUCUCGUAUUACUUAUAA